AGCACACGACCCGCGGGCAGGCGGGAGCUGCGGAGCAUCCCUGCGGUCCUCGCCGAGACCCGCGCGCGGAUCUGCCGCUCCUGGCCCGCGAGCGCGCCGGGGCUGUCCCCUCGCCCGGGUAGGACACCGGGGCCCCCGGGGCCUGUCGCUGCCAGAGAGAAAUUCCACGAUCUGUACAAACUUCUUGAAGCAAACUCAGACCAGAGGGAGGAUUAUCCUUGACCUUUGAAGACUAAGACUAAACUGAAAUUUUAAAAUGUUCUUUAGGGACAAAUGGAGCUUGACUUACACUUGUGUAAUAAUUUGUUUCCUGACACUAAGGCAGUCGACCAGUCAGAAUUGCCCUACCAAGAGUUUAGAAGAUGUUGUCAUUGACAUCCAAUCAUCUCUUUCUAAGGGAAUUAGAGGCAAUGAACCCAUACAUACAUUAACUCAGGAAGACUGCAUUAAUUCUUGCUGUUCAACAAAAAACAUAACAGGAGACAAAGCAUGUAACUUGAUGAUCUUCGACACUCGAAAAACAGCUAGACAACCCAACUGCUACCUUUUUUUCUGUCCCAGCGAGGAAGCUUGUCCACUGAAACUAGCAAAGGGACUUAUGAGUUACAGGAUAAUUAGAGAUUUUCCAACUUUGGCCAGAACUCACUCGCCAAGCGGAGAGUUAACCCAAGAAGAUUCUCUCCUCCAUGGCCAGUCUUCACAGGGACUCACUCCCACCCCCGCUCCCGUGACAGGUCAUUCAAAGCCCACUGAUAGCUUCCGGAGAGAUGCAUUUUCUCAGAAGGUCGGAUCCUUAGAUCACUUGGAGAAACUAUUCGAGAUCAGUCAAGCAAGUACACCCUUCCCUGUUUAUAAAGAAGAAGGCCAUUCUCAGAGUUCACAGUUUUUCUCAGAGCAAAAAAUAUCUCCUCUGCUACCUAAACAUGUGACAACACUCCCCACGACGGUUGCCUCUCGGCGGAUCACCUCUGCCCCUCCAAAGCCGGCAUCGCCCCCCACCGCCAAUGCUCGCGGGAUACCUUCUGUGACUUCUGAACCAGAGAUGGCCACCUCAGCUCCAGCCCUAGCCCCGGGCAAGUCCCAGCCCCCCACAGCCCUCCUGUCUACCAUUUUGACCCAUGCUGCGGUUAAACCCAAAGCUAGCCUAGCUACAGUAGCCGUUUCAAACACCGUCUCUGAGCCACCCGUGGACUGGAAAAGCCCCCCAGAAACGGCACCCUUCCGAGAAAUUUCCAACCUCACUUUAAACACAGAGGAUGCCCAUGAUAACCCUGCUACACUUUCUUUGUCAACGGUGGAUUCGUCCACUGCUACGCUGCUUUCGUCAAAUGUGGAUUUUUCUCCAAAUAAAACUGCUUCCCAGGAAAAUGGGAAGGCCAGACCCGGUGGUUCCUCCCUGAACAGUGUUCCAGAAAGUCAAGACGGCCUUCCAUUUGAAAAAUGGCUCCUCAUCGGAACCCUGCUCUUUGGGGUUCUGUUCCUAGCCAUAGGCCUUGUCCUCUUGGGCAGAAUGUUCUCGGAAUCCCUCCGCAGGAGACGUUAUUCGAGACUGGAUUAUUUGAUCAAUGGGAUCUAUGUUGACAUCUGAGGAGGAAACUAGAUGUCUCUUCAUUCGUGUAGUUACUAGUACCCCAAACUCAGUGACUUCCUGCUGACUCGCGGAUCUUAGCAGGAUGUCUGAAGCGUCUUGAAGAUAGGCGGAUGCCCCCUACCACUUUCUUUUUGCUUGGUUUUUGAAGACAAGGGGAGAAAGGAAACAAACUAGGUAAUUUGAGUGAUCUAUCUCUAAAAUAUUUGCUGAAAACAAAGCUCUACCUAAAGUAAUAAAGUAUAAUUGGCAUAUAAAUUCAAAAAUGACUGGCUUUUUGCAAGGAAAAGUGGUUAGGACUUUUAGGCUCCAGUUCAUUAACAUUUCUGGUUCCAGAUAAAGUCAACUGUUUAUGAUAUUAAUUCUAAUGGAUUUACUUUCUUUUUUAUAUGAAUUCCAAUAAAAGUUAUUCCAGAUGUAUGUCCUUCCAAUUAAAUAUUUGAAUAAAUCUUUUGUUACUCAGUAA